CCCGCAGCUGCAGUCAGUCGCACGCGAAACAACCGACGACGACGACGGCCUUGCGUUUGUGACUGUGUAGUGUGUAGGCAUUUUAAACCAACGUAAUUUUUCGUACCAAAAUUUUCGCCGACUGCAGUCUACACUCKACAGUGUCGUCCGCCGAACUAGAAAGUGUAUUACCUACCUGUACACWGUACGGUGCGGAGAAGGAAGGAUGCCGAACUUCCGCCGCGUGACCGGAACGGUCUUCGCCGCCGUCGUCACCUCGUGGAUAUCCACCUCGGCGGUAUGCGCAGCGGCUGCUUCUCCCGGCGUUCAGCGAUACGAGCCCGACUGGACCAGCCUGGACGCCAGACCGCUGCCCGCGUGGUACGAUCAGGCCAAGUUUGGGGUGUUCAUCCACUGGGGCGUGUACUCGGUGCCGGCGUUCGGCAGCGAAUGGUUUUGGAUGAACUGGAGAGGUAGAAAGGGCGCAAACUAUGUAAAUUUCAUGACAAAAAAUUACAAGCCAGGUUUCACAUACCAAGAAUUUGGACCCCAAUUCACUGCGGAGUUCUUCGACCCCAUGCAAUGGGCCAGUAUCAUCAAGGACUCCGGUGCAAAAUACGUCGUCUUGACCACUAAACACCACGAAGGUUACACAUUGUGGCCAUCGAAAAAAUCAUUCGGAUGGAAUUCUGUAGACGUAGGACCCCACAGAGACCUAGUAGGUGACCUGAGUAGAGCCAUAAGGAGUUUAAAUAAGACUCGGUUUGGGGUGUAUCAUUCAUUGUACGAAUGGUUUAACCCGCUUUGGUUACAAGACAAACAGUCAAAUUUAACCAGCCGCACAUUUGUGACCGAGAAAGUCCUCCCGGAACUAUACGAAUUGGUGAACCAUUAUAAGCCGGAAAUCAUAUGGUCGGAUGGCGAAUGGGAAGCUUCCGACACCUACUGGGAUUCAUUGAACUUUCUUGCGUGGCUCUAUAACGACAGUCCUGUCAAAGAUACGAUAGUGGUGAAUGACCGAUGGGGUGGAGAUACGCUGUGCAAACACGGUGGAUUUCUGACUUGCGCGGAUAGAUAUCAACCAGGAAGGGUUGUUGGUCGAAAAUGGGAGAACGCCAUGACAAUUGAUAAGUAUUCGUGGGGAUAUAGAAGGAACGCUCGAGCAUUAGACGUGUACUCGAUAAAUGACUUAAUCACCCAACUAGUCGAAACAGUAAGCUUUGGAGGUAAUCUGUUACUAAACAUUAGUCCUACCAGUGAUGGCAUGAUUCCUCCGUUACACGAAGAGCGUUUGCUACAAAUCGGUCAAUGGUUGUCGGUAAAUGGUGAAUCUAUUUUUGAAAGCAGUCCGUGGUCGACAUGUCAAAAUGAUACACAGCAACCAAACUUAUGGUAUACGCGAGGAAAAAAUUUUUCGACAAUUUAUUCAAUUGUUUUACAAUGGCCAGUUGGUAAUUUACUCAACUCUGCGUGUCUGGACAAAUUAGAUAUCGAGUCUAUUGUUAUGUUGGAUACACAAAGUAAACUCAAGUGGAGUCAAAAGACAGAAGGUGGAUUGAUGAUUAAGCUAGAAGAUAAAUCUAAAACCAAAACAGAGUGGGGAUGGGCUCUACGGGUUACUUUGAACUCUUCGUAGAAUGAAAAUAAUUAAUUGAAAAUAAGAAAUUGAAUUCUUAAGUGUUUUUUCGGGAACUGAAUCCUCUCAGUUGUACUAAUAAUAUUUCAUAGGAAACAAUUGUGCCAAACAUCUAAAACAAAAAUGUUUAAUAUGUUUUUACUGAAAUGAACAAGUACAAUUAUUAUUGUUAGCUAAAAUUAUCAAAUUAAGUUCAAGUAUACCACACUUACAGUUAAUAAGAACCUUCUGGUCAUUAAAAACAUGUGACUCCCGGUUAAUCCAAUAUGAUCUUUUUGUAUUUGUAAUAAAAAAAAUUCCACCUAUUCAAAUUUCAUUAUAUAUCAAUAAAUUACCCACUUACCCGGACCUACAGGCCACUAUAUAUAUUAUAAUUAUGUUUUUACAAUUAAGAAACCAUUAUUAAUUGAACUUGCCUCUUUACAAAAUGAUUGCUGUGGUAUAUUAUAAAGGAAUCUUUUUGGCAAUUUGCUGCUCUCGUAUAUGUUCACGGAACAUAAACAUAAUAAACAUCCUCUCAAUAAAGAAGCCAAAAACGAAAGUAUGGCAUGAACGCGGUGACUUAGACUAUAAUUUUCAUUUGUUCGUCUGAAUAAUAAUAAUAAUWAUUAUUAUUUCAAUAUAAAUUACUAUGCUAUACACGAGCUAAAAUUAACAAGUUAAAUUAUUAGAAAAUAAAUAUUUUUAUUUUGGUUUGUUUAGACGUAUAUCUACUUAGAUAUUUACUUUAAAUUUGUUUUUUUAAUAAUAUCGGGAACCUAUAUUAAAGAUUGGUGUUUGGCCAGUAUGAUUUCAGUUUUUUUUCAACCAUGAUAUUAUUAUAGAUACCUAGUUCAAUAAUGAUAAUUUAAUUUAGAAAUACGUAUAAGAACCAUAGUUGUAGUUUAUAUUUUUUGUAUUUUUGAAAUUGAAUUAAAUUGUUUCCUAUGCCUAUUUGAACUUUAUUGUAUGAACACUUUAAACCCAUAAUAAAUAAGAAUAUUGAC